GUGUGCAAAAUUUUCAGAUCAAUUUGUUCACUCUGUUAUACUAGAAUAAUCAAUUCUGUUUUACUUGAAUAAUUAUUGUUAUUGUGUAAUAUGAAAAGAAAUCAUUUUAAAAGGAUUUUUCCCCCAGUACAAUGUAAAAUUUUCAAAUUUUGGCUCAGAUAUGACAAAGUGGGUGCUUUAAAAUACUGGUCUGAAAUUUAACAUAAUUAUUUAUGCUGUCUAUAGGACAUUUCUUUUUACACUAGAUUAUCAGCACGUUUCAUUUCUAUAAAUAACAGUUUCCUCACCCCUUUUAAAACUAUUUUCAGGGCAAGCAACUGAUGUCAAGUAGUUUGGGGGAUCAUGUGCUAGGAGUUGGUCAGUUAAUUGAUGUUCAAUGGAAAGUGGGCAUGGCAAUGAGCUCAGACACAUGUAAACAAUUAAACUGUCCAUUUGUGACCUUGACCUUGACAGUAGCAGAGGCAGGGGGAAAUCUCAAAACACAUCCACUAGAACUUACGAUGGACCAAUUUAGGAAUUUUACCAAUCAGUUGAAGGAAAUAGGAAAAGUGCUGGAAAUGGUCUGAACAAGAGCAGAAGGAGCAAAAAGAUGGAAUCUCUAUCACUUAGAAGAAUGCAGAACUAAUAAUCUCUAUAUCCCAGAGGACUGCAUUAUGUUUAAUCUUAGACAUUAUAAGAGACUGAAAAAUGUAUCAUUUACAAUAUAUCAACAGUCAGUGAUAUCCGCAUAGCCAGGAAAAUAAAUGUACAUGUUGAAGAGUAUUAUAAUGUAUUUAGAUUGAUUUAGAAACGUCAUGACUGAAGUAAUGCAGAAGUGCGCCUAAGGUUUUCGCUAGGAAAUUUCCAUAUGACUUUUACAGUGCUGUUAUGAUUUGAAACCCUGCAAAAAACAUGAACUUACUUGAAGCUUGUCUACAUGUACAUGUUACUGCUUAACAGUCAAUUCUGAUUAUGACUAGCACUAAUUUUAUAUGACAGUCUUUAUUCCAAUUCACCUUGUAUAAUUUAACUUUUUUCUCUUCAUUUACUGCAAUAGGUCAAUAGAUAAGAUGAACAAGUGACCAGCUUUGUAUACAAUGUAUAAGGUAUACACAAUAAGCCAGAAUAUUCUGAGGCAGAAUAUCACAACAAUCUGAGGCAUCAUAUUUUAAACUUUAUUUAACUGAAAAUAGUAUACAUGUAGAUAUUUAUUAUUGUAUGUCUAAUAAAAAAGUAUAAAUUGUGUAAUGUUUUAAAGUGUUUUGUAUGGAUAAAAUUUCCACUUAAGUCAAAUGCCAACUGACAUUUUUCAGACUGUCAGAGUAUGUAUGUUUUUUAUGCUGAGGUCAAGAACUUGGCAGUCAGUCCAAUGGCCUUCCUGGAUAACUUACCAGUAAUUACCAAUUUCUCCUUAAGUGACAGACUAAAUAAAACAUGAUUUCUAGUCUAUUACAUUUAAUCCUGUCUGGAAUUAUUUGUCAGUAGUUACCAGCUACUAUUGUAGCAAGAGUGCAUGAUCAUUAAACUAAAAGAUACUU